AUGGCAAACAAUACAAAGGUCAUCGUACCCGUCGCAGUGCUCGCCAGUAUCGGCGUAUGCAUGUUCAUAUUCAUGUGCUGGUUCUUCCCACGGGCAUGGGCUAAAGGCGUCGCAUCUGACCGGGCGGAAUUCGACGAGGCGAAGAGACGGCGAGAAUUGGCGGAGGAAACUGCUGUAGGCAGCGAGACGGACGUUGAGCUUGGAGAUGUUGGAGGGAAUAGGACUGCUGGGAGGGCUGUGCCUCAGAUGCCGGCUAGAUAUGUGCCGCCGGUUACGCCGUAUUAG